AUGUGCCCGACUCGGAGCCCCGGCUUCCCUGGCAGCCUGCCCCGCCAGUGCAGCAACCUUACCACCCUGCAGACGGACAGCAACCCCACCCUCAGCUCCUUCAUGUUUGCGGCCGGGGUGGUGGGUAACCUGGCAGCCUUGGCCAUCCUGGGCGUCCACCAGAAAGAACAGAGAGCCAAGACCUCGUCUUUCUGCAUCCUGGUGACCGGCUUGGUGGUCACGGACCUGGCGGGCACCUGCGUGGUCUCCCCUCUGGUCUUCAUAGCCUACUCCUGCAACUCCACGCUGGUGGGCAUGGCCGGGGGCCGGGACUGGCUGUGCAACCUCUUCGCCUUCUCCAUGAUGUACUUCAGCCUGGCCGCCAUGUUCCUCCUCUGCGCCAUGGCGGUGGAGCGGUGCCUGGCCAUCAGCUACCCUUACGUCUACUCGCAGCACCCCGUCCGGCGGUGGGUCAAGCUCUGUCUGCCCCUCACUUACGUCUUCAGCGGCCUCUUCUGCGCCCUGCCCUUCCUGAAGGUGGGCAAGUUUAAGCAGUACUGCCCGGGCACCUGGUGCUUCGUCGAGAUGGACAAAGAUAUGGUCGUGGGCUACAGGGACGUGGCCUUCUCCCUGUCCUACGCCACCGUCAUGGCCCUCCUAAUCGUGGCCAUCUUCCUCUGCAACGGCCUGGUCAUCGUCAGCCUCUGCCAGAUGUACCAAAAACAGAGGCGUCGCCGGAGGGGGUCCCUGGGCACCAGCCAGCGCCGGAAGAAGGGCUGGUUCAGCCGAGGGGAGGAGGAGGUGGACUACUUGAUCUUCCUCGCUCUCAUGACGGUCAUCUUCGUCAUCUGCACGUUGCCCCUCACGGGCGGCGAGAAAUGGGAAAUAUUUCCACCUGUCCAAAAGCGUCACCCGAGGAUCUUUUGCAGGGAAAGGCUUAACGCGGAGCCAGUUUGUUAAGACCGAAAUCCAAAAACGAAGCGUU